GACAAAAGUCAGGGCAGAGUCCUUUGCCGGUCGGUCGCCUUCCCAACCCCCUCCCUAACCAAUCCAAUCACAGAGACCAGACCUCAAAUCUUCUCUCUCUCUCUCUCUCUCUCUCUCUCUCUCUCUAUGGACCCUUCCAACUCCAGCCCCUCUUCCAUGCGUGUCCUGAUUCGCCCACCACCUUCUUCUCCCGCAACCUCUUCAUCCUUCCAAACCCCACUCCCUCCUGUAGAUACCGCACCUUCAUCUUCAUCACAACCUCGCUCUCCAGAUGGCGUCGUCGUCGUGGGCGUCAUUUCCAGAAGACCCGACUACUCGGCCCGGCUUAUCAACCGGGUCCUCGAAUCUAAUGUCUUCGGCUCCGGUAACCUGGACAAGAACUUGUGCCCGGCGGAUAAAGAGGAGGUGAUGGACUGGUUCAAGUGGAGGAGAAUCAGCUACUACCACGACCCGGAGAAGGGCAUUUUGUUUUUACAGUUUGCUUCGACCCGCUGCCCCGCUAUGGACGGCCUCUCGGGUGCCGGGUCGGGUUUCGGUUCGGCGGUGGAGGAGGAGCACGACUUUUGGGAUUUCCAGGAGGUGCUCUUUAUGUUCACUGUUUGCCAUGUGGUAAUAUAUAUUCAGGAGGGAUCGCGCUUUGAUACUCAAAUUUUGAAAAAAUUUCGAGUUUUACAAGCUGCCAAGCAUGCUUUGGCUCCAUUUGUAAGAUCCCGAACCACACUGCCAUUGCCAUCUAGGCCUAACUCUUCUUCAUCCUCACGACCUACAACAUCAUCUGUGUCCUCCAGCAAUCCUUCUCCUGGCAGAAGUGGCAGUACCUUGAAUCGCAAUAGUUCUGCUAUUUCUCUCAUGUCAGGUUUAGGGUCUUAUACCUCUUUGUUUCCAGGGCAGUGUACUCCAGUCAUGCUGUUUGUUUUUGUCGAUGAUUUCUCAGAUGUUGCAAAUCCAAGUUCUAAUGUGGAGGAGUCAACAGAUACCUCCUCACUUAAUCAGUCUUCUAGUCUGAGCAGUUCAACUAGACCAAGCAUGCCAGUUAAAGGUUCUGGUUCUGUUAUGGUGCUUGCACGCCCUGUGAGCAAAUCUGAAGGUGGUUUUAUGAAGAAACUACAUUCGUCUCUUGAAGCACAGAUUCGGUUUUUAAUUAAGAAAUGCCGAAUACUUUCAGGUCCUGAAACAAGUCAUGCUGGUUCAAGAAGUGGGGUUGCUUCAAGUUCUGCACCUCUGUUUUCACUCGAUGCAUCGAGAGCAGUUGUACUGUUAGAUCAAUCUACAAUUCAGAGAUGUGAAUCUCUUGAGUGUGCCGCUGGCCUCGUCGAAGAUGUCUUAAAUGGAAAGGCAACGUCAGAUUCUCUUCUGCUUGAAACCCAUGGUCAGAGUUCAAACAAAGAUGAUAUACUAUUCAUAAAGGACUUCAUUUACAGGCAGACUGAUAUUUUAAGAGGGAGAGGUGGCCUGUUCACUAAUGCCAACAGUGGGUCAGCUGCUGGAGUUGGUAUGGUUGCCAUUGCUGCUGCUGCAGCAGCUGCCUCGGCUGCAUCUGGAAAGACAUUUACUACUCCUGAACUUCCAAAUGUGGAAACUUGGUUAUCCUCCAGUCAACUAAUUUUGCGAGGACUGCUCUGUGCAAAAGGUGGGUGCAUAGAUGAAGUUGAAAUUAGUAAAAGAAAACCUCGAUUGCGAAACACUGCUCCACCACUGGUUGAAGGAUCUGCUUCCCGAAAUAUGGAUCCUCUAGAUGUUGCAGUAUCUUGGUUAGAAUGUGGUCGAGGGCUGAACACAAAAUUUUCCACUUUGUGGUGUGAAAGAGCCCUUCCAGAUGCCAAAGAUGUUUACAUAAAUAAUUUGCCUGCUUGUUAUCCAACUUCACAGCAUGAAGCUCAUUUGGAGAAAGCUUUGCGUGCCUUCCACUCGAUGGUCAAGGGACCAGCAGUGCAACGUUUUGCAAAAAGAUUGGAAGAUGAAUGCACAUCCAUCUGGAAAUCUGGGAGGCAGCUCUGUGAUGCUGUUAGUUUGACCGGAAAACCAUGCAUGCACCAGAGGCAUGAUGUCCAAACUGAUCAGUCACUUUUAGGAGCUGAGGCCAAGCCACAUUCUAGUGGAUAUGUAUUCCUUCAUGCUUGUGCAUGUGGUCGUUCACGGCAACUACAAUCUGACCCAUUUGAUUUUGAAUCAGCAAAUAUUAAUUCUAAUUGCAUUCCGGACUGUGAUAAGCUCCUUCCUGCACUUCGACUGCCAGAAGUAAGCAAUGCAGGACCGAUUCAGCUGUCAUGGAAUUUGAUGCGUAUUGGGGGUGCAAGGUACUAUGAGCCUUCUAAAGGCUUGUGUCAGAGUGGGUUCUCUGCCACUAUGAAGUUCCUUAUGAAAUGGACUAUAUCUCUGGAGAUGCGCAAAGGUCUAUAUGGUUCAGAAAGUGCUGUGCAACACAGUUCUCUGACAAGGUCAAGUACAAGCCCCAAGGUUGAGUUUAGUACAGAUAGGGAUAUAACAAAAACUAGUAUUGCACAGGUUUACUUGGGCGACAUGCAGACUGGGGGCGAGCAUCAAGGGAAGCCUUCAGAAAACAUAAAGUCCAAUGACACUAAAAUCAGUUUCGGUAAAGGUCUUCCCAAUUUUACAUUGAGAAAGCCAUUUUCUGCGGUCGUUGCUGGAUCAGCAGCUGCAGAUUCAGGUUUCCCUCCUCUUCAGAAGUGGAAGCAACCUUCUUCUGUUUCAGAGAAGAAUAAGCAAAAUAGGACAAGAGAUCGGAGUAUUGUACAGGUUCAUGCAAUUGAUAAUCAUCAAGGUUCCCAAAAGUCUGAAGAUAUUUUAUCUGUUCAGGAAACCUUAAAUGGUGUAGAUACUAAUGGCUCCACUGACAGUGAUCCUGUCUUACAGAUAGGCAGUAAUGUAAUUCCAGUAAAUGUAAAUGGUGUGGAAAAAACCAAACUGAACUCCUAUUUGAAGCAUGAAAUAAUGUAUGUUGGAUUUGAGCAUGAAUGCCCCCAUGGACAUCGUUUCCUAUUGAAUCCAGAGCAUCUCAAUGAACUAGGACCCCCAUAUUCAUUUCUUGAAGAAUCUCAUAUUGCUUCUUCGAUUGAAAUUUCAGAGCAUGAUGUAGGGUAUCCUUCAAAAUUGGGGAAAAAUGGUGGUCAUGGUAAAGUUCAUCGAAACUCAAAAGUGAUGACUACUAAUGCUUUGAGUAAGGAUAAAAAUAUGGAUAAAUUGAGAGAGCUAGUAGAUAAUGGUAAUCUAUGUUUUGGGGGCAUGAUACAGUUCUCUGGACCAAGGAAGGAACAGAAUCAGACAUCCCUCGGAGUAUCGCAAGCAGGCUUUCAGUCUAUUAAUCUUGAUGAUGGUACAUGUGCUGUCUCCAUGUUGAAUAGAAAUUUGCCAAUAUUCAUGAACUGCCCACACUGCAGGCUCUCCAAGAAAAAGGAUCUAACAAAGAUUAAGUUUGCUGGCACAGUAUCACAGCUUCAAAGAAUCUUUCUGGUCACGCCUCCAUUUCCAAUCAUAUUAGCAACAUGCCCUAUUAUACAAUUUGAGGAAUCAUGCCUACCCAUAUCAAUUCCAGACCGUGAGAAAAAACUACAGUUCAGUCUUGGAUGCCGGGUGAUCUUACCACCAGAGAGUUUCCUUACACUUAGACUCCCCUUUGUGUAUGGUGUGCAAAGGGAGGAUGGAAGUCUACAUCCGCUUAAACCAUUUGAACAUAAGCCAGAAUUGACUGCCUGGAUUAGUAAGGGCACAACAUUGCAGGUCAUGUCAAAGGGAAGCAGUAUUGAUGAGUGAUUUCACUCGUAUUCAAAUCUGCUGAAAGUUCAAAAACAUGGCUGCUACAAUGAUCAACAUUGUGGUGUCUUUGCAGUUUCCACACGCCGAUUUGCGUGACCAGCUCAGGAUGAGGACUUUCAUGGAUUAUAACAAUGUUGCUUUCGGUGGUGGAGCUUCAACCAAAACUUCUACCGAGUCGAAGCCUUAUUAUGGGUCCAAGUCCGUGUUGCAAACGGAGCUAUAAAUUCCCAAGCAAUGAAUCCUGUGGGAAGUAGAAGUGAAAGAUCUUUGGUGCAAAGAGUUGACCUCGUGAAAAAGGAUUGACGGCACUCUGCAAUGGAUAGCUGAGAUGGCUUAUAAGAAAAAAGAUACGUCCUUCCGAAUUCAGCGAAGGCGACUUGGUUUCGAUUAAAAUUCACGGACUUCAUUGUCGCCGGAAAUAUGUUCAGACUGG